AUGUCUAGCUCUAUCUAUGACCAACUCAAAUCUAUAUUAUACAAUUUUGAUAGUAUUUCCAAUGAAUUAAAUUUGGCUAUUUGUAUUGCCAUUCAUGUACAAACAGAAAAUAACAUUAAAGCUUUCAAGGAAGAUCUUAAACAAAUAUCUCAUAUAUUAGGAAGUAUUAAUAGUAAUAUAAAAAAUACGGGCGAAGAUAUAACAACUAUACUUCAACUAACAAUUGAAAAUACAAAAUCACUUAAACGACUUGAGCAAAAUAUCGAAAUAGCUAAUUUACUUAAACAGCUUGAGCAAAAUAAAUUCUGA